AUGGGGAUUCCUAAGUUUUUCCGAUGGUUGCGGGAGCGGUACCCCGCGAUCGAAGAGCCGCUGGCGCAGGGCGAAAGACCAGCGAUCCAUAUGCCUGUCUGAGGUGUGACAAUGCUCAACUAGUAGCAGAAUUUACCGUUUGAUUUCGAGACCCAAAGUCGGCAUUUUUCUGUACCCUAUUCUUUUGUAAAUACCUGCUCGGUUCUUUUUGCCUAGCAAUAGCGCCAGCGCGAGUUUGGGCACAAACAUCAUGGAAAUGGCAAAAAUUAUUAAGUACCUCAAACCGCACUGAAAGCCGGAGAUCGUUACGAACUCUUGCCAUUCAUCCGGGCAACUAGCGCUUUCUGUACUUCGUCUUCGCAUGAGAAGAUGCAGGGAGUUUGAUUUAAAAUUAAAAUUAUGUCGUGCCAAAACCGUUGAUAUUGCCACACCUUCGCAGAGCAUAAUUCGCUACGAUAAUUUGUAUGUAGACAUGAACGGGUUGAUUCACACCGCGGUCGCCGCGUGUAAGCAGGAGCUCGCGACCUUGUGUGCGGCAAGUGACGAGGAGGAUCAUGUCGCGCCGGUUUCUCUGCUGGUGCUAUGCAUUGCAAAUAUGUCUGGGUCUGGAAGGAUGCGACUUGUGAUGCUGUCUUUGGAUUCUAAAGAAAUCUGUACUGCAUGACCGGCAAGAGGAACCCAGUUGGUGCUACGCGGAGAGGGCAUUUAUUAUCAUGCUAAAGAGGCAUCAGAGCAAAGCCCCCUAAACAUCAGUGAUGCUAGGUCAUGCAUUACAGGCAACAUGGGUUAUACAAAAUAUGCAUGACCAAUCUCGCAAUCUCCCAGACCCAGACAUCUUUGCAUUUGAUAGGUGCAGAUGGUGUACCACGAAACUUGUGCGGCGGUGGACCGGUUGGUACAACUAAUCGAGCCACAGCAGGUGUUGUUUCUCGCCGUGGACGGCGUGGCGCCGACCGCGAAGAUGAACCAGCAGCGGGAGCGCCGGUACCGCGCAGCCUGGGAGCGGUUGCAUGCGGAAGCGGACGCGAAGUCCUCUGCGCUCGCGCGGCCACGCCACCACCAGCGCACGAGAGCGUGCGGAAUCGAUGGCACGACACGCCGAGGAGAGCAGGUGGAAGACGCGAUGAGCGCGGGUCCUGCGGCCAGCUCUUUCGACAGCAACUGGAUCACCCCGGGGACGCCCUUUCUCUUCGAGUUCGGGCGGUACCUGCAGCGCUUCGUCGCAGCGAAGUGCGAGCACGACCCGAUUUAUCAGCGACUUGAAGUCAUCGUUUCCACCGCGGAGCAGCCGGGAGAGGGGGAGCACAAGCUUGCGGAUUUUUUGCGGCAAGAAAAACGGCUUCUGCAGGGAACCGGGCGGCGGAAAACGCACUGCAUGUACGGUCUGGACGCGGACUUGAUCAUGUUGUCCCUAAUGAUCCACGAGCCGCGGUUUUCGCUGCUACGGGAGCGCCAGCACUUCGACCGCGGGGAAAUCAGCGAGUGGAACCCGGCGUGGCAGUCGGAGGAGCGCCGCAACGAGUUUGUGCUCGUUCACAUCGGCCUGCUGCGCGAGUAUCUGGAGUUUGAAUUCUCGCCGAAGUACGCAAGAGACCGGGCCCUGCUGAAUCCGACAGAAGUAGAUCGGUUUAAUACCGAUCAUGGUGGGGUCGCAAAGGACGAGGAUUCCGCCAGCGAGGAGACGGAUAAGCCCAGUGGUGCCACGAUGAGCUCUUCGACGGAGCAACAAGAGACAACUCGUGCUGGUGACGACGUUGCUUCGGGGGUUCUUGCCGCCUCCGACGAAAAGGAUGCCCUAAAAAUGGCGUCGGGACUCGUGAGACCGUCGCGACCAACAGAGGAUUUUUUGAAGAAAGGCAAAAAAACUGUUGCGAGCCGCAAGAAGUUGGCAGGCGCGCGCUUUCUCGCGAUAGAUGAUGAUGCACCUGAAAAUACCGUCGAUAAGGAAGUACCUGAUGAACAACAGCCCGACGGCGCAUCAUCGUCUUCUACCGGGAAAAUGAAGACCACUCAGCCCUUGAAGGGAAGUGCGGUGGAGGAGACAACUAGGACAGAGAAAGCAGAACAAAGAUCAAGCAGUUUAUUGCCCAGCACCAGCGCCAAUGGUAAAGAUCAUGUUGGUGACAACAAUAACCAUAACGAUAAGCAAGACCGCGCUGUUUUUGAAAGAAGUGUGCAAGGAUCUUCACUUGAGAUGGAUCAUUACGCAGCAGCAGCCUUUGACCUGGAACGUGUAAUUGAUGACUUUGUGCUGCUGAACAUGCUGAUAGGCAACGACUUUCUGCCCGCAGUUCCCUACGUCGACGUCCACGACGGAGAUCUCGGCGAGAUACUUCGUUUGUACCGCGACUUCCUCUUUGCUGGCUUUGAGGAAAGCGCGAAAAGUCUGGUGCAGAGUGGUUAUGCUCGAGGCAAUGCUUCGCAGGUCAUGAACAAGACGCCCGUGGUGUACGAUCCAUACCUGACCUAUGACGGUGGCGGGAAUAUCCGAUGGAGCAACUUUCGGCGGUUCCUGGAGCGGUUUCUGGUAGCGAACGAACGUGAGCGGAUCGACAAACGGUUGAAGGAGAAACUGAUUACUUUUGGAGUGUCGAAGCAGCUUCAUGCUGCGCCGAAAGAGAGCAAAACGCGGUCUCCGCGUGAGGAGCAGAAUGGACAACAUACGGGCAAGAAGGUAAAAACCGUUGUGCAAUAUCCAAAAGAUUUUUACGAGUGUCGGGCGAUGCAUUACGAAGUGAAACUUGCAAUACCCGUGGAGACCACGAGCGCUGUUGCAACUUCAUCAUCGGGAGCGCGGCGGGAGGCCGCCAAAAAAGGCACCAAAGCGCCGCUCGGACAGGGAGACGGCCAGAGAAGCAGGACUUUGUUGUCAGAAACAAGCCCAGAGCACGACCCAAUUGCCCAGCCGAUUGCGCGGGUAUGCGAAGAGUACUGUGAAGGGCUGUUAUGGACCCUGAAGUACUACUAUCGUGGUGUGGCCGAGGCAGGAUGGAUGUAUGCCUACCCCCAUCACUAUGCGCCCUUCUUGUGUGACCUUCUUGCCUCGCCCUUCCUCCAAUCCGGCGGUGUGGCGGACAUGAAGUUUCGAAUCGGGAAACCAGUCGAACCGUUCGAGCAAUUGUGCCGCGUGCUCCCGUAUCUUGUGCAGAAGUGCCGCAUUCCCAUUCGUUAAGUAUCUAUUUCUACGGUUGUAUCUAUAGCCCUAACGACCUCCUCGAGGGCGACACGAGGACGAGUCUGCGCUAAACGCAUUCUACAACUCUUGUGGUCAUCUAUUAAAGAGCAGAUGAUUUGAAACUCAUUCAUUCUAUCUUUGAAAGAGGAAAUUCAAGAAACAGACUCGUGAAGCGGCACUUCUGCACAGGAUGCGCCUCUGGCUUCCGCGGUGGGUGUACUCCCGCGUGAGUAUUUGGAGCUCAUGGCGCGCGAGACGCAGUUCUUUCCCAAGAGCCUUGUCAUAGACACGGACGGUAUGAAAACGCCCUGGGGAGGCACGGUACGACUACCCCUCGUGGAUCCCGACGCGCUGCAGACGCUGCUGAAGAAG